AUGUGGCGUAUAAUUUCUCUUCUCUUUUCAGGCUAUCUGGUCUCUCAGGUAGCCCUCGUGCAAGGUGCUAUCGUAAAGGGCAGAGCCUUUGACAGGUUUAUAAGUAUCUGGCUUGAGAACCAGGACUUCGCAAAGGUCAUUGAAGAUGCUGAUUUUGCCGAGCUCAAGAAGCAUGGCAUUUCCCAGACCAGAUAUUACGCGCAGACACACCCAAGUCAACCGAACUACCUCGCCUCCGUGGCCGGCGAUUACUUCGGCCUCAACCACGAUGAAGUCGUUCGCGUGCCAAAGAAUGUUUCCACAGUUGUAGAUCUGCUCGAGGAUAAAAACAUCAGCUGGGGCGGGUAUUUCGAAGGAAACCCAGGGCCAGGUUAUAUGGCUGCUGGCAGUUAUGCCGCGGAUGGCAGUGGCACGUGGGACUAUGUUAGAAAACACAAGUUAGUGUCUAUCGUACAGCUAUGGGCUAUGUUUCGAAUAAGGGUCUAUGCUAAUAUUGAUCGGACCAGUCACUUUGUUUCAUUCGACAGCAUCAACAAAGACGGCUCGAGACUAGCGAAGCUGCUGUCCUUUGAAGACUUCAAGCGAGAGUUGGCGGCAGGGACGCUCCCGCAGUUCAUCAUGAUGUCACCGGACAUGCUCAAUGAUGGCCACAAUACAACACUUUCCUACGCAACGAACUGGGCACACGAGUUUCUGUUACCACUAUUAGCCGAUGACGCGUUUGCGGAGCCUACUGUCAUUCAAUUGACGUAUGAUGAGUCGGAGGACUAUGGAAAACCAAACCAAAUCGUGUCGCUGCUUCUGGGAAACGGUAUUCCCAAGGAUAAAAAGGGGACAGAGGACAACGAUUUCUACACGCACUAUUCCGUCCUUGCAACAACUCAAAACAACUGGAGCUUAUCGAACCUUGGACGCUACGAUGUUGGUGCGAACGUGUUCAAGUUCGUAGCCGGUGUAACAGGCUACGCCAAUAAGGACCCUGAAAACGCCGGCAGCGUAGACAACUCGAUCUCAUAUGCUGGCUAUCUUAAUAAUGAGUCAAAUGCACAGGCUGAGAUUCCUUCACCAAACCUCAAAUUGACCGGUGCCGGUGGUCAACCGAUCUUAGAGCAUAUUCGAAAAGCGUGGCAAGCGGACGAGUUCAAGAAAACACCAUAUGAUGAUAGUGGGAAGGUGUUUGAUGGGGACAAGAAUGUUCCGGAAUAUAAGCUUCAAGAGUGA